CCACGAUCACGACGCCCAGGUCGAAGCUUGCCGCACAUGGUCAAGAGCUCAUUUUCCAAUUCUAAAUUCUUCUGUCAUAUGUUUUUUUUGCUCAAUACCCCAAAAGGUACCGAAAACGGCCUCCGCUGCGGACCUGUCGAGGCUGAGAUCUCUAAAAGAUACAACCGCUAAAAAGUACGACAAGCAGCCCCGUCCUUUCUAUAUGAGAGUCCUCCGGUGUGUAUGCCCCGCCGGCUUAUCGGCCUGCGCUGCUGGCUACACGGUUGCAGGUACAACUCCUAUACUUCGAGUGUUAAAACUGCUCUCGCUCACUUUUAAUCGCCGGACAAAAACCAGGCAAACAAACAAACUAACUAACAACAUCAUCAACAACAGUGACAACAGCAGCGAAAAGCGUCAAAUAGGUUACAAACUAUUUUUGCUAAAAACUCGGCUGCAUAUUGUCCGAUCGACGGCUCACGUUCACGAGGGUCAGGACGAUGGGAGACGAAAAUGGGUACGACCUAAGCAUUCUUACUCUCGUAAACACCAUUUGUGCGCAAUGCUUGUCUGUUCCUGUAUAUCUUCUCAGAGUACCGAGGCUAAAUUUAGCAUCAGGUCUGAUUGUUUAGAGGAGUUAACUCCAGACAAAGAUUACAAGGUUUGCAACGAUUAAUUUAAAACCAAAAUCUAGCUUACUUUUGGGCAAGUGGGGAGAUGAUUGUGCUAAGAGAUCACGUGAUCCAAAACAUUGUUCUGCCGCGUGCAAAUUUCCGGGUUGACAGAGGAGGGUCUGGGUAAGAAGGUUUUCCUUAUCAACCAAAAUGGCGGCGAAGUAACAAGUUUCUAGCGACGGAGUUGUAAACAUGGAAAGAAAGGAUUCCGAAAAUCGUGACAACUUCUUUGCUAGUUUAAAUCAGCUUAUUUUAAGUUUAGAGCCUGCCAUAAAGGAAGCUGGGUCGGUGUCGGCGGCCGAAGAUAUUUUAACACACCUAGAGGCAACAGACGAAAAUUUUCACAGAUAUGACUUUGUGCGUCAGCUUAGGAGUCGUAUUGACACCACUCUUACACCUUUAAUUGACAAAAAGUUGGAGCGACUGACUGGAAGGGAAGGAGACAGGAACAACUCAAUGUCUGUUAUAACAGACGAGAUUAUAGCUUCACCUGAAUUUGUCACCCUUCAGCAGUCAAUUUUGGCUGAUACAAAGGAUGCAGUAAAUGCUCUGAUCCAGAGUUUUUCCCAGAACCCUCGCCUUCGUACAUCUGACUAUGAGCUCACAGAAAACAGGGGUCGACUGCAUCCUUUCAGAUUGUCACUGGAUUCAAGUGAUGAGGAUUCUUCUAUGUCUUCUUCUUUUGGACAGACUGGAUAUAUGUUUAAUAUGUCACCUGAGAAAUUCAGCGAGAUCGCAGAAAAUCUGGAUCCAGUUAAACCACUGCAUGUUCGGAUAAAUGCUCUCAACACCCUGUAUCAGUUUCCUCUCUCUGAUGAACUUACCAGCAAGAAUUCAGAUGGAAUAAGGAAAGGACUGUUAGCUGCACUGGCUGAUGAAGAUGAACAGCUGGCAGAAAAGAGUCUCAAGUUUCAUGCUCGAAUGUUCAUGGCAUCUUCUGCUCAUGUGACAAAAGAGAUCUACACAUGCUUAGCUGAGCACCUUGUCUCAUGCUUCAGUGAUGCUAACUGCCACCGUAUAAACAUUGAAAAUGGCCUGGAUGUAUCUACCAGAAAUAAUCAAAGAUUACUGAAGCGGUUCAGGCUCCUGAAUGAAUUUCAACAUGAAGUUUCCUACUUCUGGAUCAGAUAUCCUGAAUGGUUUCUUGAGACUGUUCUGGCGAGUACUUUCAAUCUGUUCUCCACCAAGUCUGAUCCAGAGUUUGAAUCAUCUGAGCUGCAGUUCAUGAUGCCACUACACUUCCUUGCUCUGAUUGACCCGAGAGCUACCUGGUUUAAAAAGUGGAUGCAUGGUAAUUACAGUAGAACUGUCGCAAUUAAAGAACUCAAGAAGCAUCCUUCUUUGGAUGUGAUAACCACCAGUCUUCUGUCUCCCGUCCAGUCCUGGCUUGAUGGUAUGGACAGCUGUGACACACCGGGUGCUGAGAACACGCUUCUCUUGGUAGCUGAUGUUUUAGCCACACUGGCUGUUACAGAAACAGGACAAAGACAGCUGUUAUAUGGAGAAACACAGGACAGAUGGCAGAGAAGCAGGUUUUCCCCAGCUCACACGAUAGCGCAGUUCGCCAAGAAAGCUUUAUCUGACAGACUUCCAGGCGGAACACCUUCCAAAGCGGUUAUUUCUGGCUUCUUGUUCGUUUGCCGACAACUUUACAACACAUGUGAUGGACUCAUGGUACUGAAUCACUAUGAACUGCAUCAACAUGUCGCCAACGCCUGGAUUAAGGUACUCGAAACAGCCUCUGCUGAUACAGAACUAGCGUCCGAUGAAACGCCACCAGAAUUCAUUCAGGACGAGGAACUGCUUGUCUGGGAGAGUUCAUUGAUCGAUAACCUGUUAAAUUUUGCUGGCACUCCAAAGGGACUGCUGCUUCUGCAGCAGACUGGAAAAAUGAAUGAAUGCGUGGCUUAUAUGAAUGAGAGAUAUAUCAAGAAACUACAGGUGCAGAAAAAGUUUGGUUUAGAAAAGGGAUGCAGUGUUCUAAAGAAGUUCCUUUCCUAGGCACUCAACAAUCUUUUAAGCGUGUUGUCAGCAUUUCCUGCUGUAUAUGAAGUUCUUGCUGACGAUUGUCGUCCAUCCACAUCGAGUUCUGAGGUGGAGGAGACCAUCACAAGUCGAGACGCGUUCUGCGCACCUGUCAGUAUUAUGGAUUUAGUUGAUCGUUUCAUCAUGAUUGACUCGGAAGAGAAGUUCCAUUCGCUAUUUAACUUUGAACAGUCACAUCACUUUGGUCUCAGAGUGCUAAGUGUCCUGUGUUCAUGCCUUGACACAUUCCUCUUUCUGGAAUGUUGCUAUCAUUUUCAAGAGCUCCUGCUUCAAUCUCAGCUGGACAACAGAUUAGACAAUGGAAAGGACUACAUCAUCGACAUGUGUUCUGUGGACAGGAACCACAUUUUGGUCAAAACGUAUCUUGUUGGGGGCGCAUCAGAGAGGAUCAUUCCUGGCAUGACCUUAACUGAGGAUUUGAAUAACCCUUACCCUUGGCCUUUGUUUUCGUCUUAUCCGCCUCCUAAAGACUAUCUUCCUGUUGAACAAAUUUCCAAGAUGACAGCAUUUGAAGAAGGUGAUACUCUGUUGGAGUUUCUAGAGAGCAGUGAACCAAUGUCAGCGGACAGCUUCACUUGGCUUCAGGAAUGUCGAAAAAUGUUCUGUCAAUCGCUGACAUCUGGAAAAACCAAAGCAAAAGGAAAUGGUUUGUACAUUCAUAAACCCCUAUUCAGGCAAACGAAAUACAAGGAGGAAGCAGCGUGGCCGCGUGUUUUUCUCAUGAUGUAUGGAGACCCUGAUCUGGCCUGGGAAUUCCUCUUCAAGUGCUCCAGUCUUGUCAGUUCUGGUUAUCUGUGGGUUCGUAGACUACACGCUUCGGUUCAUUUACCGGUGUCCCUCACAGUCAGCGGUAUUCCUCCACUCUAUUCAUGCACGUGCCAUAAUGUGGAGCUGAUACUGAUGGACUGGAAUAAACUAAACCUUUUUUACCUCACGUCACCUUUCCUUGACCCAGUCCCUCUCCUGAUACCAGGUACUCUUAGUGGUGACUAUGUCGGCCAUGAUUGGUUUGUAUCGACAGUUUUUCUCAUGAUGUAUGGAGACCCUGAUCUGGCCUGGGAAUUCCUCUUCAAGUGCUCCAGUCUUGUCAGUUCUGGUUAUCUGUGGGUUCGUAGACUACACGCUUCGGUUCAUUUACCGGUGUCCCUUACAGUCAGCGGUAUUCCUCCACUCUAUUCGUGCACGUGCCAUAAUGUGGAGCUGAUACUGAUGGCUGAAGUGCCUCUAGUGUAUUCUGCCUUUAGGAUGUCUGGCUACACUCCGUCGCAGAUCUGCCAGCACUGGUUACGACAGUGUUUCUGGAACUAUCUGGACUGGGAAGAGAUCUGUUUGUACAUUUGUACCUGUCUUACAAUGGGUAUUGACUAUCAGGUGUACUUCUGUAUAGCAGUUCUAAGACAUUUACAACAGGACAUUUUAAGAAAGACGCAACAACAGCAGCUGUUGAUCUUCCUAAAGGAAAAUCCAAUCCCCAACUUCAAAGUUGCUGAACAGCUGGAUUUCAUGCAGGAAUUAGAAGUUCGAUAUCGUCAGACAAUCCUGUCUGACCUGCAGAACAUCACCAAACCUUAACUUCUGUAAUAGAACGAAGGACGCGAUUUUCUGAUUCUCGCGCGUAUCCACGCACACAUUUACGCGCACAUCCACGCACAAACAUCGACAGGCGCACCCAUCACAUACAACUCGCGAGAGGGUAACUCUGCGCAUUGCCUAGGGGCAUGUUUAUGUGUGGAAAAUAUGGCCUCUUCCAGCGUGACCUGCAAUGGAGGGUGACCCUUCGAACAGGAACUACUUUUCUCCAUAAAAAAGGACCUGAGGCCCCUAACAAUGACGUGAAUAUUUAUAACGUGUUUAAACAAAAUAUAACUAAAAAGUGAAGAAAUUGGGGGAAAUUUACGAAAAAGAACUCAGAAAUAACCACAAUCCAGCUAUCGCCAGUGAUUAUAGAAGGAAACUAGCUUUGACGUUGGUGUUGGUGUUGUUUCAAUCUGGGGUGGGUCGACAUCCCGAUCUAAAAAAACUCUAAACAGCAGUAUAAUGGUAAUGGGUAGGAGAUGUACUGUCCAAGGUAGACGAUUUUAUAACCCUGCAAGGGUAUUUAUUGUGUUCAUAAUGCACAUUUGUAUAUAAAUAUCAAUCUUACUGUACAUAUAUCUGUUGAUAGCGAGUCUAAGGUUCGAUUACGUACUGUUUAUAAAUGUUUCCAUUUAAAAUUGUAGUAUAAAAAUGCCUCCAGGCUUUUAGCCAUAGAGCAAUUAUACAAAUUUGAAAACGAAAUAAAUCGAGUCAUAUUGCUGCGUAGUGAAUAUAAAGUUAAUAAAUGCUGUAACUGCAAUUAUAACA